AAUUAGAUUAGAUAUGGAAGACACUAAAGAGCAAGAUAAAAAAGUCAUUAUCGCAUCAGAUAUUGGAGGAACUAACUCAAGAUUCAGAGUUAUCAGGAGAUCAAAGACCGACCCUGAAUUCAGAGAACUGAUAACUGAGGAGAAAUUCCCAAAUAAAGACUAUGACAGUUUUGAAGAUGUAAUAUCAGCUCUUGUUGAGAAGCUUACUGUUACUCCGAGCAUUUUUGUACUCGCAAUUGCUGGAGCUAGAGUUGGAAGAACUGUUGAGAUCACCAACAUCUCUAGAUGGCCUAUAAUUGAUGCAGACGCACUCAAAGAAAAGUUUGGCUUAGAUAAAUUCUACCUCCUUAAUGAUUUUGAGGCAAGUGGAUAUGGAGCUGUUGGUAUGGAUACUAGCGAUGAGACCAAGUGCCUCACAGUGCAUCCAGGAAAGCCAAGAGAGCAUCACAAUAAGCUUAUUAUUGGUCCAGGAACAGGUCUUGGAUGAGCAAUCAUUCCAUACAACAAAACUGAGGGCAACUACAAUGUUUGCCCAGGAGAGGGAGGUCACACUGAAUACACUGUCACAAACGAGCUCGAACUGAGACUUAGAAAUUUCUGUUUCGAAUGGUUUAAGAAGAACACAGGAGAGGAAUUAACAAGAUUAUCCACUGAAAGAGUCACAGCAGGACCAGCCUUGCCCCUCUUGUAUGAAUUCUUCCAACAGGAGAAGCCAGAUCUCGAAGUCACCAUCACACCUGAAGAGGAUGGACAUGUCAGUCCUGAAAAUGUUAUCAAGGCAGCUUUGGAAGAGAAAGACCCCCUUGCUUUAGCAACUGUCAACCAAUUUGUCAAAAAUCUGGCUGUAAUAGUCGGAGAUAUGGCUAUUACGACCCUAUCCUACAGUGGAAUCUAUCUAUGUGGUGGUGUAGCUGUCGCACUUCAGAAAUAUUUAGUGAAUGAAGAGAGUGGAUUUUACAAAACUAUCUAUAACAAAGGAAGAAUGAGCGAUAGGCUUGCUGAAAUGCCUGUUCACCUAGUCAUAGCCGAAGUCGGUCUGCAAGGAUCAGAACAAUACGGAUAUCAAGCUGUAGCUUAUGAUUACGAGGAAUAAUCGAUUCAACCAAUGAGA